AAUCGUGCUGCCAUCUAUCGGUCGAAAGAUCGCUUUUGCACGGUGGAGAGACGGGCUGCGAUCAAACACUAUUAUCCGAAUAUCAGCACCUUAAUGGAGGUUUUAAAUUAAAAACAACGUUAAAAAUCCACCGUAAGCUAAAAAAACAAACAGGUACAUCUUAAACUCAGGAUGCACCCGGACCUGUCGCCGCAUUUACACACCGAUGAGUGCAAUGAACUGAUUUCGCUGCUCAAACAGUGUCACAGAGAGCACAACUUCCUCCGCUUCUUUGGAACGUGUAAUGAUGUGGAUCGAUUGAUGAGGGAGUGUCUGAAGAAAGAGUAUCAGGCAAAACGAGAACGAAGCAGAGCUCACGCUGAGGAGAUGAGACAGCGGCUCAGGGAAGGACAUAAAUCUCAACCGUGAGAUGGAAAAUAUAUUCAGGAUUUUGGGUUUUAGGCAAGAUCUUCAGACUUCGUGGACGGCUGAUGUGCUGUGGAAGAUGCUGGACAUGGAAGACGUUUAAUAGAUUAUUACCCCACCGCUCCGUGCACUCAGAAUCCCAUUUAUUAUCUGGGGUAUAAAUACUUUUGGAGAGCAUCCAGAUCAUUUAUAUUCACUGGAUAAUGAUUAAAUGGAUAAUGUCGAGUCUCGCUGAUGGUUAAAAUGUAUUCGUAAACAAUCACGAAGGUCAAUUAAAGAAAUGCAUCCAAGCUCCA